AUGAGCUCAUCGAACACGUUUCAACAGGCGAUUUCGAACAGCAGCAGAGAUGAUGCGCUCUCAGGCCCGGAAGAGUUGUCUUCCAACUCAAACUCUCCCAGUUCUACUGCCUUUACCACCGACGGAAGGACCUCUCCCUGUGGGUCGAUAUCCGCAGCGACGGAAGGAGCUCGUCUGGGAGUUGCUUCCGUUUCAGCUGCUUGUCUGGCGUGUCGAGGCAAACACCUGAAAUGUGAUGGAGUGAACCCAUGUUCUCGCUGUGUCAGCUCUGGUUCCGACUGCGUUUACGUUGCUUCAAGACGCGGCUACAAAGGCCCUCGACGAAAUCCCGCCCAAAAAGUCACGAAACGCCCCAGUGCAUCUCCUGGUAGAUCUCGAGCACCAAGUAGAAGCGGUGAAGGUGCUACGUCGACUGGAUCGACACACUCUCCUUUUCUGGGAACAACAGAUUCUCCCUCUCUGGGCUCUUCUGUCUUUCUCAGUCCUCACAUUGGUGACGAUGCAUGGUAUUCGCCAUUAUCAACGCCAUUCCUCGAUCCGACUUUAGCGACAAGCAGCAGUAUGGAGACGGACAUGUCAUUCUUCCAACCAUACGUCACCGCAGAUUCAUCCAACGACCUAUUCAACCUCUUCGCUAAUCAACAUCAUGAGCCUAUUCCGACCCAAGUUCCGACACCUACUCUAGCCGAGCGCUGUAUCGAUUAUUUCUAUAACUACUUCCACGCUGCCCAUCCUUUUGUUCUCCCAAGGGAAACAUUUAUCGGUUUGGCGCACGAAACAACUCUCGAGCCCUUAGCCACCGUGAUGCGCUGGGUAGGCUCACUGACUAACCGUCGCAAAGACGGAUUUCUGGUCCAGGCCUUAUUGCUUCUGUUGAUUGGACUGGAUGGGCAGGGCCUGCAAGAAAAGUCUCGAGAAAUAUUGUCUGAAGUUGAGCAGAUCGCGAUCGAAAUAGGCCUCAAUACACGAUCGUUCGCGAGCAUACAUGGGCGUGGCAUGCCGGUCAUAGAGGAGAGUUGGAGACGAACAUGGUGGGAACUAUUUGUUAUUGAUGGUUUGAUCGCUGGGAUUCAUAAAAAGACAAACUUCCUUCUCUUCGAUUUUGCGUCUGACGUUGCCCUUCCUUGCGAAGAAUACCAAUAUCUCCUAGAGGAUAUUCCACAGCCCAUGUAUUUCGAAGAUAUGGAUGCGAGUGGCUUCUAUGGUCUGAACCGUGAGUUCUCGUCCUUCACUUAUCGCAUCAAAGCCGCUCAAAUCCUUGGGAAGCUCUUGCGGAAUCGUCCAGCUAUUGGACCCAUUGACGAGAGCCUUGGCCAUAUCGAGACGCUACUCACAGAUUGGCGCCGUAGUCUGCCCAAGUCGAAGAAGGAUGGCCUAUAUCAGAGUGGCCAACUGGACGAGAUGAUGUUCCAGGGGUAUAUGAUAGCACAUACCGCGUCGAUUCUGCUCCACCAACCACACUCGCAGUUGAACUUGUCGUUAAGUCAGCUAGUUGACCCAAACACUUCUCAUGACUCGGCAGCCACUCUCAACGCCCAUUCCAAAUACACGAUAUAUUCAGCCGCCGAGAUUAGCAAGCUGCUUACCCACCGUGUCUCGCUUCUUUCUCAUACACACUUCCUCAACUAUGUGGUACGGAUGUCCUCUACAGUGCAUCUCACUCAAUGGGCUCUUCCCUUUGCUUCAAAUGACCCUGAUAACCUGCGUCGGUUUAUUCGACUCAACAAUACUUUGCUCACAAGAAUGUCCCCCAUAUGGAGCAUCGCAGACCUGGAAGGACGUUCAGUGAAAAGUAUGGCGCAAGAUAUCUUCCAAGCAAAGAAGGAGCGCCGGCUGACGCCUCACUUUUGGUUUGAUGCAAGCCAUGAAGAGGUAAUGAAAAGAAUUGCCGAGGACGAUUCGAUUAUGCACGAGUUUGAAAGCAUACAGGAUAGAUCUGGCAGGAUGGGCCAAUAG